AUGGCCAUGGCCGCAGAGGGCACGGAGCAGGAGCCCGUCGCCGAGGCCGAGGUCGCGGCCGCGUCGCCCACGGAGAAGAGCCCCGGCGACCAGACGACGGAGCUGGACAAGAAUGCGACGGAUGAGCCCGCCGUGGCUCCCACCGGCGAGAUCGAGCCGCGCGCGGAUCCCGAUGCUCAGACGACCGUUACCGACUUUCUCGACUUCACCGAGUACCUGCCCUCCGACAUCGUGCGAUCCCUGACCCUCAUCGGCAAGCUCGACGAGACGUACGCCGAGUCUUCGCUCAGGGUCGAUGAAUUGACGACGGCAUGGGGCCGCCUACCUGGCGUAGCCGCCCACGAGAGGCCGGACCCGGUCAAGCUGCGCGCCGACAUCUCGGAGCACCUGGACCGCGCCGUCAGCUCCAGGGUCUUUGCGCACGACGAGGCCGUCCGCAUGUCCGAGAAUGUCAACCGCCACUAUAACAAAGCCAAGUUGCUACUCUCGAAGCUGCAGACAAUGAUGGACAACUAUCCCGCCGAAGAGCCCAAGAGCCCCGUCGCCUCCAAAUCGCCGCAAAUGACGCGAGCGAAGCUGACGGUCCGGGCGACGGGCGAGGACGGCAAAAAGAUCCCUCGGCACAAGAUACCACGAAUCACCGUCCCCGGAGAAGUAUUGGCGCCGUACGAUAUUGAGUACGACACUUGCAGUGACGACAGCGACAUAAGCUCCGACUCCGAGUCCGAUAUUCCAGCCACCGGGCGAAGGACGCCGGCGCCGGCGCAGCGCAUCAAGUUGAUUUCAAACAAGACCCCGAAAUCGGCAAGCAAACCUCCGCGCCCGCAAUACAGCACGGCUGCCAUGAACGCUGCGGCGGCGGCGAACGCGGCGGCGCUCCUCAAUCCACCCCCAGAAAACGCAGUGAUUGGCAGCGCCGACGCGCCAUGGUUGCAGCUGACGCACUAUGAACUCGCUAAACUGCGGAAACGCAUGAAGAAGAAUGCUACGUGGACGCCUAGUGAGACCAUGGUUGCGCGGGAGCUCAAGGCACUCGGCCGAGGACCAGACGAGUACCGAGACGCUAAGAAGAAGGCCGAGGACGAAGGCAAAACCUUCAACCCAACGGUUCCAACUCUAGUCAUUGACGAUGAGUCGGGCACGCCACAGCUGCCAGCCGGGGCGCUGAGCGCGGACUCGGUCGGAUCUGAAGAGCACCCGACGAGUAAUAGGGGCAUGAAGCUUAACGAGGCUAAGAAGCUCAAGAGGGAGGCCCUGGCGAAGCUCGCGGCUGAGGAGGCCGAAGAGUCUGCCCGGCAGAUGGCAGCGGCAGCGAAGCUGUUUCUGGGAGCCCCAAAAUCGGAGAACUCCAAGGAUGACACCCCCUCAGGCAAGUCGCGGGCGAAUUCGCGAUCCAACGGCAAGCGGAAGCGGGAAGGUGAAGGUGAAGCAGUCGAGGGAACGGAUCGAGGCGAGACGCCUCCCCGUCCCCUGCCCAAGCGCACCAAGACUGAGACUCCGAUCCCGCCGCCGCAGCCUAUGCUUGGCCACAACGCGGCGCCGAAUGCCGACGGCAGCGCAAACGGCCCUCUGCUUACCCCGGGUGGCUCUGUAGUGACACAGCUGGAGACGCCGGUACCGAUACCAAUGCCUCCACAAAGCUCCGCGAGAUCAGCGGCGUCCCCGUCAUCGAAUGCCUCGAACGCCGGGAGCACAAUCACGACUACUAUACCUGUCAAACCGCCGGCUUCAGAAACACCCGUACCCCUCCCCAGGACGGAUCAAAGGAAAACAGUCACGCCUGUGCCACCACCGACUCGGGAAAGCACUAGGCGUGAGACCCGAGGAGACGCGGCGAAGCGGACUCAGCAGCAGACAACUGUGCCGUCUGCAGCUACGGAGCAGAAUCCGGUUAGGGCCGGUUCACGCGGGCCCACGCCGAACGUCACCCCCGUUCCUGAGGCUCAGACCGGCCGACGACCGGGCUCGCGGGGUCAAGCGAUGAGCCAAGAGCCACCGUCCUCGCUAGCUGCCGACCGGCCGCGCCGUGCCAGCACCGCGCGCAACACGCCGGUGCCGGAGUUCAAGCAGCCACAAAAGCGCACGAGGCGACCAGCGCCCGGCGUCGUCAGCACCACUAACAGCGGCGGUAACAGCGCCGUGGGUAAGCGCAAAGCGGCGCCGAGGAAGAAGGCCCGCAUGAAGAAGGAAAAGGGCCAGGUCACGGAGGCGGAGACGGAGAUGGAGGAGGUGGACGACGAGGGCAACCCGAUCGACCCCGACGAGCCCCGCUACUGCCUCUGCAACAGGGUCAGCUUCGGCACCAUGAUUCAGUGCGACAAUGAUAAUUGCAAACAUGAAUGGUUCCACCUGGAGUGCGUGGGCCUGACAGACGUCCCGGCGCGGACGACGAAAUGGUACUGUCCCGACUGCCGCAAGACGCUCAACAUUGGCGAGAAGGGAGAAUCCGGGUCGCUACUGCGCGUGGCGUUUACCGGACCCUGA